AUGGCCUCCCAGGAACCUCAGUAUGUGGCAAUCGCCCAACGCAAGCAAGCUGAGCUUGCUGCAGCUAUCCCUGCCCAAUGGCGGCUACCCGCACACCUCAUCCCCGACGGGAUGCUCUCGAUCUCCGAUUCGAUCACGGUCGGUCCAAAAAGCUACAAACGAGUCGGGGUGAUGGAUAUUCCACGGUCUUGUGGAAUAAUGACACAGAAGGAGUUGGAAAUCACAGAGAAAUACGACGUGCGGGGCCUUGUGGCGGAGAUGACAGAAGGUCGAUUGAAGGCCGAGGAUGUGGUGCGAGGGUUUUGCAAGAGAGCGGCUGUCGCUCACCAACUCACCCGAUGUCUGACCGAACCACUCUUCGACCGUGCCCUGCAAAGAGCCCGGGAGCUAGACGAACACUUCCAGCGCACGGGCGCCCCAAUUGGCCCAUUACAUGGGCUCCCGGUCUCAGUGAAGGAUACAUUCAAUGUGAAAGGUGUGGACUCAAGCAUUGGAUUGUCUGCCUUGGCAUUCAAGCCUGCCAAAGCAAAUGCCCCACUAGUAGACCUACUGCAGUCUCUGGGCGCGGUGGUGAUCGCCAAGACAAACAUACCACAAACACUCGGAACAUUGGACAGCUGCAAUCACCUUUUCGGGCGCACACUAAACCCUCUCAACCGUCAAUGGACUGCCGGUGGCAGCACUGGCGGAGAGGGCGCUUUGCUCGCCAUGCGCGGGUCCAUGGUCGGUUUUGGCACGGAUAUCGGAGGUAGCAUUCGUAUCCCAGCUAUGUGCCAGGGUAUCUAUGGGUUCAAGCCAAGUAAUGGACGAGUGCCAUAUGGGGGCCAACAGAGCGGCCAGAUUGAAGGCAAGGGUCGGAUAGGGUUGCAAGCAGUAGCAGGUCCGUUGGCUCGCUCUGUUGCGGACAUCAACGCCGUCAUGGCGGAAAUCGUGCCUCGUGCGGAGCUAUUCGGCGCAGAUUGCAUUCCGGGCUCCUGGCUAUCACAGUCAGUACCGGUUACUCUCGCCCCACGUAACUUCACCAUCGGUGUUCUCAAGACAGAUGGGCUUGUCACACCUCUGCCCCCGAUUACCCGUAUUUUGAACGAAGUUGCCAACAAGCUUCGCGGUACCCCCGGCGUCGAAGUCGUUGAUAUCCCUGUUCCAUCUGUCCUACCUAGAUGCCAAGCCCUCGCUGGUCGGCUGAUGGGCGUUGAUGAUGGGUCGCACAUGCUUGAUCUCAUCGAGAGCAUGGGUGAAGAACUCACUCCGUGGCUGCAGGGCCGUCUGAAGCGUGGCAAAGCCCUGACAGUGGUUCAACUAGCAAAUCUGCAGGCACAGCGUGCUGAGAUUGAAGAGGAGAUGAUGAAGAUGUGGACAUUGACAUCGCAGGCUUCUGUCGCUCGACGUGUUGAUGCCAUAAUUUGCCCUGUGGCGCCACACCCGGUCCCAGAGCUCGACCGAUACAACGCCGUUGGGUACACCUCGACGUUCGUGCUGCUAGACUACCCAGCUGCCUCUGUUCCUGUCCGUUCAUUCACAGAAUCUGACCUUGAGAUUGGGCGGGAAAUGGAUACGCCUGUAUUGGGAAGCUGGGACAAGGCGAAUCGGCAGUUGUGGGAUGAGAAAACGGUUGACCGUCGCGUGUACCUCGGUUCACCUCUUAGCGUUCAGGUUAUCGCUCCUAAACAGCAUGAUUAUCAGCUAUUCCAGGCCAUGGAGAUCAUUGAUCGGGCUGUGCAGGGCGGCUCGAUCAGUGCGAAACUGUAG